AUGGAUCCUGGAGGUGGUAGCACGCAUGCAAGUGGUAGUGAGGGUGUUGGGCUCUCGGGUGCAGCUGGUGGUGACUCAGACGUAGUAUUACGCAACGUGGCUCAGCAAGUUAUGAUUGAAUAUGCCAGAAGCUCCAAGGAGCAAAGAGGUCCGUCUGCAGACCACAGUUGUACGAUUGAGAAGUUUACAAAGAUGAAUCCUCCGGCUUUCUUAGGAGAAACUGAUCUUGUAGUUGCUGAGAAUUGGAUGCAGGAGAUUGAAAAGGUGUUGGCAAUGCUGCAAUGUAUAGAGGAGCGGAGGGUUCUAUUUGCCACGUAUAAACUAAUAGGAGAGGUCAAGAGAUGGUCAACGAAAGUGAAACUCCUGGAGCAGCUGAGGUCAGUACCUAUAGAGAUGACAUGGGACCGAUUCAAAGAAAUAUUUUUCAACAUAUACUUUCCGGCCUCAUCCAGGGAAGCCAAGGUAGAGGAGUUCCAGAAUCUGAAGUAG